AUGGCCAACCCACUCCGCGACAGCCCCUACAUCCUAGGCGCCAAACUCGGCGUCGUCGGCACCACGCUCUUCAUCGCCGGCGGCAUGGCCUCAACAUCCACCCAGUUCAUCCCAGCCUUGAUCUCGGCAGCGCAAAAGGUCCCCUCUCGCAACCAGAACGAAGGCAGCGGCCGCCUCACUCCUCAACCCGACGUGUCGAAACAACUCGGCAUCGAUGCGAACACCCGCGCCGCAGUCUUCUCCUUCGACGGCUAUCGCGCAGCCGCGCAGCAGUUCGUUCUCAUGUCGAAGACGGCGUUCACAUCGCAGGUCCCUGCUGAGCUCCUCACGAUCGCUGUGAGCGGGUACCUGGCAUAUCAUUCCUACUCGAGCAGGCUGUCGAAUGCCGGGUACAAGUGGGCAGCGGUUGCUGCGCUGGUAGCGACGAUUUUCCCGCUGACGGGCGGCAUGAUGGUGCCGAUUGAUCAUAAGAUUGCUAGGCUAGGAGGGGAUGAGGAGAAGGUGGAGCCGUUUGACGAUGCGCCGCCGGAUCGGGAGAUGGAAAGGAUGAACACGGUGGAGUUCUUGGGGAGGUGGAAUACGUUGAAUAAGGUGAGGAGUGUGGUUAUGGUUGCGGCGGGAGCGGUUGGGCUUUGGGGGUUGGUGGAGUAG